AUGUGGUCACAAUCUUAUAGCGAUAGCAAUUCUGAUGUAAAAAUAGUUGUUGGAAGCGAACCAGAUAUUAAAGAAUUCAAUGCACAUUCAUCAGUUUUACGUUCCUCCUCUCUUUAUUUUCAAAGGGCUCUAUCAGAACGAUGGAAAGAUCAAAAGCAAGAUGUCUAUAUUAUCACAAAGCCAAAUAUUCAUCCUAAUAUUUUUAUGUUAAUUCUUGAUGAAAAUAUAUUGAAUACAUCAGCUGAAGAUUCUUUAAAUAUCCUAGUCGCAUCUGAUGAACUUGAACUUCUUGAUCUUGCAAAAAGUGCUCAAAAGCACUUAAUUAAAAAUUUUUCACCAUGGUUAUUCUCUAAUCUU